GAUAAGAGGAGCUGGAGCUGAAGCUGGGCAGCAGCAGCUACUGCAGCCAAAGAGGAGCCAGCCCGCUUCAGGGAGGAAGCACGCCCUCCCCACCUCUGCGCUUCUCACCCCGCGCCUGCUCCGACAGGGCUGCGGAAGAAAUACAUACACCAGCCCUCCUUCGACGAUGUCCACUGAGCAGAUGCAGCCACUGGAGCUCUCAGAAGACAGGCUGGACCAGCUUGACCCUCGUUGCAGCCCCUUAGAUGACCUCUCCGACCAAUUCAUUAAGGACUGUGAGCUCAAAAAGAAGCCAAGAAAGGGAAAAAAUGUGCAGGUUGCCCUGAACAUUGAGUCAGACCAAAAAAAGCCAAGGAGGAAAGACACGCCGGCACUGCACAUCCCGCCUUUUAUACCAGGUGUGCUCUCAGAACAGUUAAUUAAAAGAUACGAGGUCCAAGAGAGACAUCCAAAGGGCAAAAUGAGUCCAGCCCUUCAUAACACUGACCUGGAACAGAAAAAGCCAAGGAGAAAAGACACACCUGCCCUGCACGCGUCCCCCUGGGCAGCAGGUGUGACUCUGCUCAGAGAGGAGACACCCAAAGUGAUCACAGAAGAUGACGAAAAGGACGGUGACAAGAUAUCUAUCUAAAGAUACUUCCCCCGAGACCACUCGCAAAUAGGUUAGAUGGGUUCCCUUGGGUGACCUAGAAAAGAAUAGACUUUUCUGCUCUCAAUUUGUCAUAGUCUGCCUUGAAGAUCCAGGCACCGUUUCCCCAGAGGACACGCUAGAGAAGACUGCCAAUCAUCUCUUUGCCUCUCUCUUCUUUCCUGAAUCUGGUUUCUGUCCUCAUCUCUUGAAUUUUCAUUUUCAUGUGCAGCGGGAAGGAAGCAGGUCCUCAUCCUAAAUUACGAGGUACCAGGGAAAGCUCUAGUGUUAGGCUUCCGCAUCUUCUGGAUCAAUUCCUGGAGCAAGAACACAGAGACCGUGGGCAUCCUUCAUUUCUUGGCUUACACUCUGGGGUGGGACUUGACUUAACAUCAUCCAAACAAAAAUUCAAGCAGGGGCUCCCUUCUGGUUGCCAGUUAGAGAGGUGAGAAGGUGUGGGUUCUAACUCUCUGAUUGCCUUGGAGAACAUAGUCUUUUAUCUCUUUCAUCCUUUCUCAAGAGUCCAAGUGUCUAUGGUGACAUUCCUAAGAUCCUUGUGACUGAUACCCAAAAGUGGCUCUGUGAGCGGGGCGAGUCCCCUCAG